AUGGGAUACUUAAGGCUGCUGUGGCUGGAGGCUUCAGACCAUUCUGUGUGGUUGGAGUCAAAGGAACAGGAAAAGGAUGAACUGGCUGAUCCCCUGCUGCCGUUUCUUCGGCCUUUUCUUGGCCGCCACUGGAUGGAAAGAAAAUUUGCCCAGAUGCUCUUUACCGACCUCUUCAAAGACUAUUUCAGCACUCUGAGGCCAGUGGAGGACACGGACAAGGUGCUUAAUGUCACCCUGCAAAUCACCCUGUCCCAGAUCAAAGACAUGGAUGAAAGGAACCAGAUUCUGACGGCCUACCUGUGGAUUCGCCAACUGUGGCACGAUGCCUAUCUGUGCUGGGACCGCGAGCGGUACGACGGGCUGGACUCCAUCCGGAUUCCCAGCAGGCUGGUGUGGCGCCCCGACAUUGUCCUAUACAACAAAGCCCAGUCUGAGCAGCUUCCCUGGAAAUGUGGCAAGAACUAUAUCGCCAAGAUGGCCCUGAUCACGGCCUCCACAGUGCUGACCAUCAUGGUGAUGAACAUCCACUUCUGCGGGGAGGAAGCCAAGCCUGUCCCACGUUGGGUCCGGCUCGUCAUCCUGGACUACAUGUCCAAAAUCUUGCUCGUCUAUGAUGUGGGGGAGAGCUGCGUGUCUCCCCAGCGAGGCAGGGCCCGGGACCACCCCCUCUGCCAGGACCUGGACUGGGGCAGACCCCCGAGAGGGGACACGGAGGUCUCCUACGACCAGGAGGAGGACAAGCUGGUGAUGGCCGAGAGCGGCCUUCUGGAUGACGGGCUGGCAGCAAGAGACAGGCACUGUCCCCAGUGGCACACACUGGCGAGGGACAUCGAGUACAUAGCCUCCUGCCUGAAGGCCCACAGGGCCCAAAGUGCCAAGGACAGCAAGUGGAAGAAGGUGGCCCGCGUGAUGGACAGGUUCUUCAUGUGGCUCUUCUUCUUGAUGGUGUUCGGCAUGAGUGUCCUGAUCGUUGCCAACGCUGUGUGACCUGGGCGAGAGUUACUCAUCGGACCCGGUGCUU